AAAAACACACAGGCCUGGCGACCCCGUUACGCGAGCGUAGACGACUCUCGCGCCCAUCUCUGAACCCAGAGAACCUCUGAGGAGUCAGUCGUCGCGUCUCUGCCGCGGCUACAGUACAUAAAUCGUGCGUGCGCUGCAUUCCGUCCUCUAGAAGAGCGAGUGCAAUGGCCAAGGGACUCCCCAGCGUGCUGCUGUUUCUGUUCUCACUCACUUUCUUGCUGGUCAACACGCUGCCGUAUGAGCCUAAUGCGAAGUACAACGGAUGGCAGGUGAUGCAAGUGCGGCUGGAUGGCGGGUCUCCGGAAGCGCUUGUUCAAGAGUUCUACAACCUUGAAGAUCCAAACUUGCUACAAGUUCUGCGAGUCAGCAGAGCGGAAGACGAAACAGACUUUGGCUUGGCAGAAAUAGCCGUAGCACCGACUUAUGAGGAAGAUUUCACGAACGCGUUAAGUGCAAGGGGCUUCAACUAUACGACUGUCAUCGCAGAUCUUGCCACGAAGCUGUCUGUGGACGAGCCAUCCCUGCGCAGAGCCGAUCUGCUGCGCGGCGUCGCCACGUUCGAGCGCUUUAUGAGUUUCGACGAGAUACAGGCGCACGUGGAGGAGCUGCCGAACCUGUAUCCAGGGCAGGUGGAGGUGCAGGAGCUGGGCCGCACCGCCGAGAACCGGCCCAUCUACUUGCUGACCAUCUACAGCGGCUCCGCCAAGAGGAGCCCCGUGAUCUUCGUGGACGGAGGUAUGCAUGCCCGCGAGUGGGCGAGCCCUGCGGCAGCGCUGUUCCUGGUGGGUCAUCUGCUGGAGUCUCCGACCCUCACGCGCGACGUCGAGUGGCGCAUCAUCCCGGUCCUCAACCCUGACGGAUACGUGUACACAUGGACCACCGAUCGCAUGUGGCGGAAGAAUCGAGGCGCGACGAGGUCGGUCCUCUGCACGGGCGUCGACAUCAACCGGAACUUCGAUUAUCACUGGGGAGAGUCGGGGUCCAGCAAGCAACCCUGCUCCUCCAUCUACCAGGGGAUGACGGCGUCCAGCGAACCCGAAACGAACGCCUUGAUAAGCGCUGUCCUGGAGGUGAAGAGGAGGGUCAAGGCCUACGUAUCUCUCCACGCCUAUGGGCAGUACAUCCUGUACCCAUGGGGGUAUCGUAGGACCACACCUAAGAAUAGCGUUGAGUUGGAAGAAGUUGGCAAAGGGAUGGCGGAGGCAAUACGCAAGGCUCAGGGAAAAGUCUUUGCUGUUGGAAGCAGUGCAAAGCUCCUUUACCCUGCCUCAGGAGCCUCGGACGACUGGGCGCUGGGCGUGGCCAAGGUGCCCCUGUCCUACACCCUCGAGCUGCGGGACGAGGGCGCGGCCGGCUUCGUGCUUCCGCCGAACCAGAUCGUUCCCGCAGCGAACGAGGCGUGGGUGGCCAUGAGGUACCUCGGCGAGUACGUGGCCAAGCAGGAGGCCCCAACGCGGGAGGCCCCAACGCGGGAGGCCCCAACGCGGGAGGCCCCAACGCGGGAGGCCGGCAGCGCUGCGCCCGCCGUCGAGCAUCGCGAUGCGCCCAGCCUCCGCACGGCGGCUCAUACGGCGGGGCACGUAAUGCGACCCAUGUUUCUCGAUGGCUUCGCCGGCGCCGACCGCGAUGACAGCGGAAGCAUCGAGAGCGAGAGCAGAGAAGGAAGCUUCAGCGAUGAGGAGGCCUAGGGAUGGACCUCCGCGCCGGGGUCUGUGCUCUCCGGAUUAGUGCCUUGCAGUCAAGAAAAGUGAUGACUAAUGU